AUGGAGAGCAUUUACAACACACCAUUUGACUCUCUUCCGGAUCAGAAGCGUGUCUGGGCAGGCCAGCCAGGCAGUCGCGAGGAGGGUUUGGGCAGGCUCACUCUCCUCACACCCGAGGUAGUCGCUUCAGCUGCAAGCGAGAUACGUACAGGAAGGCGCAUAUCUCUAGGCUGGGAACUUACAAAACUGGAGAACGCCGGCCUGGGGCGCCAACAGUGUGAACACAGGAUUGUACCGUUGCUGGACGGUGUUGCAUUCGAUGAUGUGUACACGUUCAAUCCGCAGCAGAGCAGCCAAUGGGAUGGUUUGAGGCACUUCUCGCAACCUAUACCUGGAACCGAAGGAAAGAGAGUAGAAGACAGGGUCUUCUAUGGCGGCACGACUGCGAAAGAGAUUCAAAAUCGGGCAAGUGAUCGGAUUGGGAUGCAGCACUGGGCAAGAGAGGGAAUCGCGGGGAGAGGCGUCCUCAUUGAUUACGCAAGCUGGGCUGAGAAGAAAGGUUUGAAGUACACGACGUUCAGCCAGCACGAGAUUAAGUUAGAUGACAUUAAGCAAAUAGCACAAGAGUCAGAGAUAAUGUUUCAGCGAAGAGAUAUUCUCUUCAUCCGGAUUAGUUUGACAAAGGAGUGA